AAUAAAUCUAAAUAAAGUUUGAUGAACAAUAUUCAUUAUUAGAUUGCGAUUGCACAAUUUAAGCAGUAUAUCGAAAUGGCGUUACGGAUUCUGAAGCCUUUAAGAAACUCUCUUGGAAUUUGUCAAGAUAUCAAAAAGGCUUCGACGCUAUCUGCAUUUGAUAUUCAACAUAAAACCCCUCUUAUUAAGCAAUCAGAUGAAAUUCCAAAAGCACAAUAUGGGGGUCGUCACGCAGUCACAAUGCUGCCUGGAGGCGGUAUUGGUCCAGAACUUAUGGGAUAUGUAAAAGAAGUUUUCAGAUAUGCUGGUGUACCAGUAGAUUUCGAAGAAAUUACAAUAGAUCCAUCUGUACAUUCAGAUGCUGAUUUAGAAUAUGCCAUCACUUCAAUUAAAAGAAAUGGAGUUGCCAUUAAAGGUAAUAUUGAAACCAAAAGUGAAUCUGCACAAGUAUUAUCCCGUAAUGUGGCCCUGAGAAACGAAUUAGAUUUAUUUGUAAAUGUUUUAAACUGUCGUUCAUAUAGUGGCGUGCAAAGUAAACACCAUGAUAUUGAUAUUACAAUCAUUCGACAGAAUACUGAAGGAGAAUAUGCAAUGUUGGAACAUGAGAGUGUAUCAGGUGUAGUUGAGAGUAUGAAAGUAGUAACUGCUGAAAACGCCAGAAGAGUUGCAACAUAUGCCUUUGAAUAUGCACAAAAAAAUGGCAGAAAGAAAGUAACCACAAUCCAUAAAGCAAAUAUUAUGAAAUUGUCAGAUGGAUUAUUCUUAGAGAUAUCAAGAGACGUAUCAAAGAAUUACCCAAAUAUUGAACAUAACGACAUGAUUAUAGACAAUUGUUGUAUGCAAUUGGUUUCUAAACCACAUCAAUUUGAUGUUAUGAAUAUGAUGAAUUUGUACGGCACUAUUGUAUCUAAUGUUAUUUGCGGUUUGGUUGGUGGUGCCGGUUUGUUAAGUGGAAAGAACUAUGGAGAUCAUUACGCUAUUUUCGAGCCUGGAACUAGAAAUACUGGUACUGCUAUUGCUGGAAAAAAUCUUGCUAAUCCCAUAGCAAUGUUAAAUGCUUCUGUUGAUAUGUUAUUCCAUUUGGGGCACAAUCGUCAUGCACAUGCAAUCAAGACGGCUAUUGACAAAACAAUAAAUGAGGAUCAAGUGCACACACCAGAUAUCGGUGGCCAUGCAAACAGUAUGGAUGUUGUACAAGCCAUCAAGAAUAAUCUUAAAACGUCAGUCCACAUAUAAAUAAAAAAUAAAAUGUGAUAGUUUUUGGUUUUAAUUCUGAAAAAUUUGAAGAUUUGC